AUGUGCAAGUUUGCACCGUUAUCGUUACUACUUGUUCUCUGCUGUACCUUCCGAGUUACAUUCUGCUUCCAGCAUCACCGGUGGCAGCGUUUGCCGCCACGACUUCGGUAUCUAUACACCCACGCCCACAAUAAAUAUUCGAAACGUCGUAAUUGGGGUCCCUUGGUGCCUGGCCGCGAGCCUACGGAAGGGGAGUUCAACGAGUUUUUGGACAGCGUCUUUUCCAACCCUGUUUACGAACCUCGUGAGUCCAAAGCGGGCCCACAGAGCCAAUAUAAGGCUACAAAGAACGAGAAUGUUCUGAAGGACUUGGGUAGCAAGAACUAUCAGGGCGUGCUGGACGAGAUCCGAACCGAGGUGGCCGUGCGCGUGCGUCGCGAUAAGGAAAAACAACAGAAUGAACCAGCUUCAUCAGACACCGGAACUACUCCUUCCACCACUGACGCCGACUUUCCUGACCUCACCACGAAGCUCAAAAAUGUUACCGCUAACAACUUUCCUACGGUGAGGGUUUUGGAUUCCAAAUACUUUGUCGAGGGUCUAAAGUUUCGUAGUUUGGGUGACAGUGGAUUGGUUGUAAGUGAAUUGGGAAUUGGCACUUCUAUGUAUGACAAUCCCGAACUGAUUGACCAUGACCAUGCCGUUGAGAUUCUAGAGACAGCUCACAAACGUUAUGGUCUGAAUUUUUUCGAUACUUGCGAGUAUGAUCCGUACCCUUACGAACCCAGGAGCUACCUCGAAGGCCAGCACCGCAGCAUGCGAACUUUUUUGAGGCGUGUUCGUCGAGAGGAUGUAGUUAUCAGUGGCCGGAUAUCUUCUAGCAAUUUGGGCAAGUUUCGUACGUCUGGCCGUUUCCUGUCUUGGGUACGAAACAACAUUUCUUCACCACCCAGUUUGCCAGUCAUAGAGGGUGCAAUCGACCGCUUGUUGAGUAGGUUGGGAACCGAUUACUUGGAUAUCCUCUCGUUUGUGCACCCGUAUCGUUACGUGCCCAAUGCUCACCUAGGUGAAGACACCUACUGUUGGGGAUACGAGCGUGACGUUUUCACGGGUACAGCUCCCGAGAGUCCGAAUGAACCGGGAUACGAUGCUGAAGAGCUUUUGUCGGCUCAGUGCGAGAUUUUCGAGCGUUUGGUUGCUAAGGGGAAAGUGCGUGCUAUCGGCAUGUCUAACGAGACUGUUUGGGGGUUAUUCCAACUUACUCAGAAGGCAGGUCGCCAAUUUCCGGUAGCUUGUACCCAGCAGAUGUACAAUUUACUUCACCGCAACGAAUUAGAAUCUAGCGGUAUGUCGGAAGCUGUGCUUAAGGAGCAUUUGAAUUGUCCCGUUGUGGCAUACGGCGUUCUUGCUGGUGGUAUUCUCACCGGUAAGUACCUCGACCCAGAAAGGCACAAUCCCAUGGGAGCGGACAAGACUAAGGAGCGAACCACUCUGGCGGACAGUAAUGACUAUCCUGGGGAUUUCGAAAUCCCUGAGGACUAUGGUCACCUCAGUUACGGGCCUGCCAAUGCUCGCUGCAACUUGUUCCCCGACACUUUCCACACUCACAGGACUGUUUGGUGUCAACAUGCAACUGCCGAGUACUUGAAGGUUGCACGAACGCACGGUAUGACGCUGGCGCAGUUGAGCCUGUCUUGGGUGCUUAGCAGACCCUUUAUUGCCUCGACUUUAGCAGCUCCUCGUAGUAUUGGUCAGUUGCACGAGACCAUAGCUGCUCUGAACUACCCACUUACUCGGGAGGUGGAGGAAGACGUCCAUGAGUUGUAUCUGCGCUAUCGAGCACCUACUAUGGGCGGCCCUCAGCUUCUUACACGUUUAAGUGAUGACUUUUCUGUGCCCAUGUCUCAGAACGAGCGUAUGCGCAAGGGUACAGUGCCGAUAUGGAGCGGUGGCAGAUACUGGGACAUGGAUUCAAUACCUUCUCUUGAGCGUAUAGCAGAGGAGCGUAGCCACGAUGCGGAUUACAUCGAAACUGCUUCUUUGUUUGGACUUCUGGACAAACCUAACGACCGCUGCUGGUCUAACUAUAGGUGUUGGGUUGAGCGUACUAACGAGGGUCUGCCUGGGGAGUAUUUCGCUGUUAAGGAGAGCAAGUUAUUUGGUUGGGAUAUAAUGAAGUUGGACGAAUUCACCUUAGUGCCUAAGACUCCGGAGGAAGUUGCUAAUGAUGACACAAGUGACUUCCACUUUUACUGGAAAGAUGGUCAGGUAUAUGUGGGUCCCACUACCAAUGCUAUCCGAGAGUUUUACGAAGACGAUGAAGCCGUCAGUAACGUGAUGCAAGAGCGUGAGGAGGGUUUUCGUCGCGGCCUCGGCUUGGAAAAGCUGCCCGAGGGAUUUCGCGCAUGGUCACCUCUCGAUGCGGAUUUGGUUUUCAAACGUUUACGAGAGAAGUUUGGUAUUGAUAUACUGGCUCCUGGUGCGCUUGAGCGUCUGCUGCGUGACAGCGGUCGCGAGGUGGUUGCGUUGUCUGCGGAUGAGCGCCGGUGCGCAAAGUUUGCACACUUUGAGGACCGUAAACACCUAUUGGGUGAGAACAUUACCGCCCACUAG